AUGAAUUAAUCAUCUGAGGACAUGGAGGAGAAUCUAUUUGUUGAAGGGAAUGACAUUAAGAUAAUUCAUAAUAUCCUAAAAACAAUUAAAGAAUAUUAAUUUAAUAUAAAUAAUUUUUCAGAUGAAAAAUUUUUCCAAAUUAAGGAAGAAAUAAAGAAAAAAAUUAAAGAGAACAAGGAGAUAAUUGAACUUUUUAAAUUUUUAGUUCAUCUUUGGGUUAUAGAUGGCCAAUUCAUCGUAUGCAAAUCUAAUUCACUAAACUUAUUAGUUGAAAUGAAGAUUGAUCUAAAGAGCUAAUAACUGGAAAAUAUCAAGAUUUAGAAUGCUUUGUUAAUUGGAGCUGAUUUUGUAAGAUGUAAUUUGAGUUGAGAA